UGGCCAUUGCCAGUACCGUGUGACUGGCCCUCGUGCCGGUGGCACGUAAAAGCACCCACUACACUCUCAGAGUGGCUGGUGUUAGGAAGGGCAUCCAGCUGUAGAAACUCUGCCAAAUCAGAUUGGAGCCUGGUGCAGCCAUCCGGUUCACCAGUCUUCAGUCAAAUCAUCCAACCCAUGCUAGCAUGGAAAGCGGACGUUAAACGAUGAUGAUGAUGAUGAUUGUAGCUGUCUCUGUCCUGUCUUACAGCAUUCACAGGACAUUGAGCAACAGUCGUGGUGUUGGCAUUUUGAUAUCCAGUGCAAAUCAUGAUAUAGGUAACUCUUUUCCAAUAUUCAGAUGGUUUCUAGUCCUACAUCUCAGCUACAACUCCUUAUCCUUAUGCUCUCCAACACUGUUGACUGUUCACCAAUAUGUCAGGCUGUUGUUGAAAAAGGGAAGACAUAAAAACUUGUCAAAUUAAGAACUCCUCAACAGUCAACGGCCAUCCAACAAAAUAUCUGAAAAUAUGCAUGUAUCUUUUUUUCUUAUAUGUAUAUAUAUAUAUAUAUGUAUAUCUUUCCAUUUAUAUAUAAUUUAUAUUUAAAUCUUUAUAUUUUUCAAUUGCAUAUUUUUUUACUUUUUUAUAUUUAUAUAUAUUUCUUAUUCACACAUUGUACCUUUUUAUAUGUAUAUGUAUAUUUUCACUUUUUAUAUACAUAUUUAUAUUUAAAUCUUACUGUAUAUCUAUGCACUGACCAUGUCCAUGACAAAAAUCACAGUCUACAGCAUACAUGUGAUCACAAAAACACAAAGUUCACAACAUGCAAAGUAAACCCAAUUGUGUCAUUUGGCACAUUGCCUCAUGAAGGUCAUUGUAGCUCUCACUGUGCACGCAACCGUAUGCUGCUAUCUUGUAUAUAUACUGAGAUACCUGGCACCUUCCUGUACUCAAGAAGACUUGUCCUAUACAGCAGAAGUGUUAAGGUGAGGAGGAUUGGCCUACAAGGGUCCUGUACCAGUGCCACGUAAUGGCACUCAUGCGGUAUCAUGUUAAAAGCACCCAGCACAGACUGUAAACCAAGCCAGGUCAGACUGGAAACUGGUGCAGCUCUCUAGCUUACCAGCUCCAGUCAAACCAUCCAACCUAUGCCAGCAUGGAAACGUUAAAGGAUGAUAUAUAUAUAUAUUGUAUAUAUAUAUAUAUCUUUUACCUUUAUUUGUUUCAGUCAUUUGAUUCAAUUGCAGUGCUUAUGUUUUUAAAGCCUGGUACUUUAUUCUAUCUGUCUCUUUUGGUGAACCACUAAGUUACAGGGACGUAAAGACACCAACACCCAUUGUCAAGUGGUGGUGGGGACAUACCCAAAUGCAAAGACACAGCUACAUGCAUAUACGACAGGCUGCUUUCAGUUUCCAUCUACUAAGUACACUCACAGGGCUUUGGUAGGCCCAAGAUGCCAUGCAGUGGGGAUGAACCUUAAAACACGUGGUUAGGAAGCAAGCUUUCUACUACACAGUCACGCCUGUGCGUAUACACAUACACGAGGGUGUUCAGAAAGUAAUUGUUUUUGUUUUUUUGACCACUAUGAAGUAUGUAUCAACCAAUCACGACACAGUUAAGGUCGAAUGGGAGGGAAAUGCCUAGAAAUGGUAUAUCGUCUCUUCUAUCAUAGCUAUUUCAGUAAUUAAUCCCAUGGAUGAUAAGAAAUUUCUCAAACAACAUAUUCGUCAUUGCUUACUGUAUGAGUUUCGAAAGAACAGUACCACUAUAGAAGCGAUGAAAAACAUUUGUGAAGUGUAUCCGGAUGCAGUGAAAGCUCGUACAUGUCGACUGUGGUUUAAAAGGUUUAAAGAUGGUGAUUAUGACAUAUCCGACAAGCCUCGCUCUGGAAGACCAUCCGCUCUGAAUGACGAAUUUUUGAAUGAGACUAUCGAAUCGGAUCCGCGUCAAAGCACCAGAAAUUUGGCGCAAAAAUUUAAUGUGUCACGUUCAACUGUCCACGAACAUCUCAAGCAAAUUGGCAAAACAUGCAAAGAAGGAAUUUGGGUUCCACAUGAUCUCAUGCUUGAGAACCGAACACAAUGUUUCAUCGUCUGCAGCAAACCCAAGGAAGGGAAAGACAGUUAGGAUGAAAUAUCAGAUGACAUUGGCCCACAAAAAUAUUUUACUUCAGCUCCAUCAACAAUAUUUAUCUUUUCAAGACUAAAGGAUAAUGUUCCAGAGAACAGAUAUAACCCUGCUUAUGCAAAUCCAUGAUGGAAUUUAUUGGAAAAUGAAAUAUUUCCUGUGAACUGGGAAAAAUGGCAAAACUUUUCUGCUUCAUUGAUUGGAAUAAAUUAAGACAAAUUUACAAAAGAGUUGACAACGAUUCCAGAUAUUGACAAAAGUAACCGGUGAUGGAAAUAUAACAGUAGAAAUAUUUUGUCAAGAGAAAUUUAAAAAGCUAAAACUAGAAAAAAAAUAUCUGUAUUGUAGUGAAAGAGAAGCAAUAUUAUGAAGAAUGAGUUGUGAGGUGACAGUUGCAAAAGAUCUGAAAUAUAUUGAUUUUUCUGAUGAGAUGUUGAAAGAGACAGAUAAAACAUUGUAUCGAUGUAAUAUCUGUCAAAUAUCUUUUAAUCAAAAAGAUAGUCUAAUCACUCACAAAUGCAUUCAUACUGAAGAGAAACCGUAUCAUUGUGAUAUCUGUGGGAAAUCAUUUUCUGAAUGUACUCCCUUAAGUCAGCAUAAAUGUAUACAUACAGGAGAGAAACCAUACCAUUGUGAUAUUUGUAGCAAAUCAUUCUCCCAGAUUGGUAAUUUAACUACUCACAAACGUAUUCAUACAGGAGAGAAACCAUAUCACUGUAAUAUCUGUGGUGACGCAUUCUCUCAAAAAUGUCAUUUGUCCAGACACAAACGCAUUCAUACAGGAGAGAAACCUUAUCACUGUGACAUCUGUGGUAAAUCAUUCUCUGAAAAUAGUGUGUUAACAAAACACAAACGUAUUCAUACAGGAGAGAAACCAUAUCGGUGUGAUAUAUGUGGAAAAUAUUUCUCGAUAACUGGUAACUUAUCUAAACAUAAGCGUGUUCAUACUGGUGAGAGGCCGUAUCUCUGUGAUAUCUGUGGGGAUUCAUUCUCUCAAACAUGUCACUUGACUAAACACAAACUUGUUCACACAAGUCAAAAAUCAUAUCUUCAUGAUACCUGUGGUAAACCAUUCUCCCAAAGUAGUGAGUUGUCUAGACACAAACGCAUUCACAUUGUGGAGAAACCAUAUCACUGUGAUAUUUGUGGUAAAUCAUUUUCUGCAAACAGUUACUUGGCUAUUCACAACCGUACGCAUACUGGGGAGAAGCCAUAUUGCUGUGAUAUCUGUGGCAAAUCAUUCUCUAAUGGUAGUAUCUUAACAAAACACAAAUGCGUUCAUACAGGUGAGAGGCCAUAUCACUGUGAUAUUUGUGGUAAAUCAUUCUCUCAAAGAAUCCACUUAACUUUACAUAAAAGUAUUCAUACAGGUGAGAAGCCAUAUUCAUGUGAUGUCUGUGGUAAAUCAUUCUCUUCGAAUGCUAAAUUAACUACACACAAAUUAAUUCAUACAGGAGAGAAACUAUUUCACUGUCAUAUCUGUGGUAAAUCAUUCUCUUCCAAUGGUAAAUUGACUAUACACAUACGAAUCCAUACCGGGGAGAAGCCAUAUUGCUGUGAUAUCUGUGGCAAAUCCUUCUCUCAGAGUGGUGACUUAACUUCUCACAAAAGCAUCCAUCCAGGAAAGAAACCUUAUCCCUGUGAUAUUUGUGGUAAAUCAUACUUUCAAAAUUGUGACUUAACUAAGCACAAACGCACUCAUGCAGGAGAGAAGCCAUAUCACUGUGAUAUCUGUGGUAAAUCAUUCUCUAGAAAUACUUCCUUGACUGAUCACAAACGUAUUCAUACAGGAGAGAAACCAUAUCACUGUGAUAUCUGUGGGAAAUCUUUCUCUCAAAAAAGUCACUUAAGAAGCCACAAACGUAUUCAUACAGGGGAGAAGCCAUAUCAUUGUGACGUCUGUGAUAAAUCAUUCUCUCAAAGCAGUGAUUUAACUAUUCACAAACGUAUUCAUACAGGAGAGAAACCCUAUCAGUGUGGAAUCUGUGGUGAAUCAUUCCCAAGAAAUAAUUAUUUAACGAGGCACAUAAACAUUCAUACAGGAGAGAAACCGUAUCACUGUGAUGUCUGUGAUAAAUCAUUUUCUCAAAGUGGUCAGCUUACUACUCACAAACGUAUUCAUACAGGAGAGAAACCAUAUCAUUGUAAUAUCUGUGGAAAAUCAUUCUCUAUUAGUAGUUACUUAACUAGUCACAAACGCACUCAUACAGGUGAGAAGCCAUAUCAAUGUGACAUCUGUGGUAAAUCCUUUUCUGAUGGUAGUUACUUAACUAUACACAAACGAAUUCAUACAGGAGAGAAACCAUAUUCUUGUGAUAUCUGUGGUAAGUCAUUCUCUCAAACUGGAGGUUUAACUCUACACAAACGUAUUCAUACUGGAGAGAAACCAUAUGAAUGCAAUAUUUGUGGUAAAUCAUUCUCUGAAAGUGGUGACUUAACUAAGCACAAACGUAUUCAUACAGGAGAGAAACCAUAUCAAUGUGAUAUUUGUGGUAAAUCAUUUUCUGCAAGUUGUACAUUAACUAAUCACAAACUUGUUCACACAGGAGAGAAGCCAUAUCACUGUGAUAUUUGUGGUAAAUCAUUCUCUGUAAAUAGUAACUUAACUACACACAAACGAAUUCAUACAGGAGAAAAGCCACAUCACUGUGAUAUCUGUGGUAAAUCAUUUUCUGAGAGUGGUACCUUAAAUAUUCAUAAACGUAUUCAUACUAAAGAGAAACCAUACCAGUGCGAUAUAUGUGGUAAAUCAUUCUCUCAGAAUGGAGGCUUAACUAGUCACAAACGCAUUCAUACAGGACAGAAAUCAUAAUUCUGUAACUUCUGUGAGAAAUAAGUCUCAUACAGUUAUUUUCAUUAAACAUGUAGGUAUACAUACACAACAGUAAAUAUAUGAAUGUCAUAGUUUGGGUUUUGGUUUCUAUUGUUUAGAUUAGAUUUGCUGAGCUUUCAUUUCAUGGUAUGUAUGUCUACUGGACUGAAAAUGAAACAAAAGCAAUCCAUAAAAAAUAUGAAAAUUGACUGGGGAUAUCCCAAGUAAGUGUAACAAAUAUGUAAAUAAGUAAUUUAUUAAAUAAUCUGUUUAAUAACC